UGAGCGCACACACAGGGCCGGUGGGAGGAGGUGAGGGAUCCGCAGCUGCCUGGAUGAAGACCCCGCACUGACCCUGGACAUGUGCGGAAGCUCUUUACGCACCAGAAGAAGUGAACUGCUGUGAAUAUAUGAGAAGAAAAAGUGAACUUAGCGUAUCUCAUUGACAAAGAGAGAAAAAGUUUGCCUCAGAAGCAGUCUUCCACAAACCGCCAAAGAUGGGGAUGCAUUUUGACACCAGAUGGAUAUCCCGGGGCUGGAUAAUGUGCGUCGUUUUCACCUUUUACGCACAGAUUACGGCUUCUAAAUCUCUCCAGUGUGAGGAAACACAAUAUUUAAGAAAGUCCAGAUGCUGCGAGAAGUGUGGACCAGGUUUCCGUGUGUUUUCUCGCUGCACUGAUUCCCAGAGGACGAAAUGUAUUAAAUGUUCUAAGGGUGAAUAUCAGCCUGGCUGGACCGAAGACGAGCGCUGUCUCCAGCAGAAGUACUGUGAUAUAGGUAAGGGGUUUAUUAAGAGCCCUGAGAACCUCCUGGCAGAGGAGCCGUGUCGCUGCCGGGCCGACCUCCAGUGUCAUCCCAUCAACUGUGAAUUCUGUGAGAAGAUACCCACGUGCCGCCCUGGUUUUGGUCUCGAAGUGGAUCCAGGCUCAACGAAUGAAAGGAAGAUCUGCAUCCCGUGUCAUAAAGGCUUCUACUCUGCUGACUUUAAUUCUGAACCAUGCAAACAAUGGACCAAUUGUAACGCCGAGGGAAGGAAUGAAUUGCAGCCAGGCAGCGCCCGGGCAGAUGCCAAGUGUGGAGUGAUUUUCUCUGGUACGGCCCCCUGGGUUAUAGUUUCAGUGCUUUCAGUCAUUACUGUCCUGUGUCUCCUCAUUCUGCUGCUCUUCUGCUACAAGGACAAGCUGAAGCUGCUCUCUGUUAAUCUGCGAUCCUGUGUGCAGAAUCUGAAGAGGACCAGGAUACAGCAGGAGACUUUGGCCCCUCUUUACCCAAGUGGAGCUGCAGGAGGAGGGAUUGGAGGAGGCCCUGGAGGCCUCAGAGGUUCACCGUGUGAGAUAACAAAACUCAUCUGUCAAACACCCUGCAGUCCUGAAAAUGAGCCCUCAAACACCUUCCCCUUCACAGAGGAGAUGACAGACAAAGGAAGGGUUCAGGGACGAACAGCGACAGAGGAUCAGAGUGAAGGAUCUGGAGAGCCACAGGAGGUGUCAGAAGAAGAGCUUUUCAGUGUCUCUCCGCUACUGGCAGGCUCUUGCAUGUGUGUCAUUCCCAUCCACGAGCCCCUGGAAGUAGGGGAAAAUGAAGAUUGCACACAGGCAGUGAGCUCAGGGAUGUCAGGAACCUGUUCAUGUGGUGGUCUAGAAGGACAGAAGGAUGGAGACGAGACCGGGAGAGAGGACAAGAGUGACAGUAAAAGAGCUGGAAGUCAAGAAAACAUGGGUCUGUCUACGACUGAGACAUACGCCGCAUCGCUUGUGUCUCUCUCUUCUCCUCUCGUCCACCCCUCCUCUGUCGUCCCUCCCAUCAGUCCUUCCUCCGACUUCUGCCUGCCACUGUCCCAGGCACAGGUGAAGCUGCAGCUCAGCUCGGACGGGACUGACAGAUCCCCGGUGAAACAGGAGGGAUUACAUAGACUGACGAGCACAGACUCCCCCUUGACAGACACUCGCACAACCUCCCCCCUGACUUCGGUCAGCCCCCUGAUGACUUCCCUGUCGGUGGGUCAUCUCUACCUGGACAAGCCCCCUGAGGCCUCGAGCCCGGAGCGAGGCCAGGGAAUUACCUGGGAGGAUAGAAGGGAGAACAAGCUCCCUUUGGGAGAGUCAGAACUGGAGUGCCAACCAGAGAGCCUGCACAGUCAACUGGCAGAGCCAACACCCACCUCAGGCCUGGUGUCUGGGAACCACAACACUACCUUCAUCUCUAGUGGACAAGUAAUGAACUUCAGCAGCGAUGUUAUCGUUGUCUACGUCAGCCAGAUGUCCCACGACAGCGACGAGGGGAUGCAGGGCGAUGCUUUUGGGAGCCCCGUCCAGGAAGAGGCCAGUGAGACGGCACCUUUUUUCCAGAACAGCCUGCGAUCACAAGGGAACUCCAUUUCCCACAGCACCUUGGCAGAAGAGACGUUGCCAGUCCAGGAAGUGAUGGAAGAGCAGCUAGUGGGAAAAUAAAAAGGGACUAGUGGCUGUCAGGACAGCAAUCAUCUCCAUAGCCAUCAGUUGGACCUUGUACAGCUGAAUUCUGAUGGUCUGUGUUGAGUACGUCACCUUAGCGGCUUUCAGUAAAGUUAUAUCAGUACUUAAAAUGCAAUUUGUCACACCAUUUCAGUUUUCCAUACAAAAUUAAGAAAAGGGAAAAAAAUAUGUCUCCAGAAUUCACAGCCUUCUCUGUUACUUGUUUCCUUUCAUGCAUUAGUGACUGAAUCUUUCCUGACAUUUAUUUCCAGUGGAAAGCUGCACCUUUUCAAACGGAAAUUCCCUUCUUUCCAUGCAAAGAUGGGGAAUUUUGUUGGGAAUUGGAUGUGGAACGAGAGUUCCAAUUGGAAAAACAUAAUAUCUUUAAUGGUGUGUGGCAAUUUCAACUGGAUCUUGAUCCAUAGAGCGCCUACGUAUUUAAUUCCUCAUAUCUGAUCACUUAAGAACCCAUGUUUGAGGCUAUGCACUCCUCGUUUCUAAAUUUGACAUCUGGAUGACUUUAAGACUUUUACCAUGUUGAAAUAAACUUACAUUUUUGAUGGAAGAAAAUUCAAUUUACUUGAGAUAAUACGUUCUGGCUGGAUGGAAUCAAAGUUUGUACAAAAGUGGUGACGAAAUGUAAAAGUUUCACUGAGUAAAUGUUUUAUUUUUCUGGUGUCAGGAUCUAACAGAAGCUAUUUUACAUUAAUGGGACACAUACAGUUUUGGUAUGAGGCCUGUUUAGCUUGUGUGUAGACUUUGUUUAUCCUUUUUCUUAUUGCACCACAAGUGCAGUCUGGGUUUAAGAGAAAAAAAAUGCUAUGCAUUUGAUAAGCUAUUUUAUUACUGGUUUGUGUUGUUUCAUUAUAUUUUAAUGUACAAGCUUUGAUGAAGAAAAGUAAAAUGUUUGUAAUUGUUUUAAAUAAAUUUGCUAAGUAAAUUUUUAACGUAUAAUUUCAGAAGUUGCAUAUGUGAUCAAUGUUUGUAUAUAUUUCAAAGAAGCAUAAUGCAUUUUUGAAAGAGAAAUGAAUAUUCUUUCAUUUUAUAUAUAUAUAUAAACAGUAUAUAUGGUGUGGAUGUGUUAAAGGAGGCGACACGCACGUGUUCUUUUACAAUCACAACCUUCCAUGUCUAUGCAGCUCUUCAAAAAUCAUGUACAUAUCAAUGAAACCUGUUGCAAUGAAUAAAUGAAAGACUAUUUUGAUUGCAAUAAA